GGGGAAGCGCCGACUUGUUAUUGGAGAGGAAGUGGCCAAGACCUCUUGGCUGACCUGCUCGUUGUUUAGUACAUUGUUUCAACCCACAGAUUUGAAAUAAUUGGUAUGAACAUCAACGGUUCAAAGCUAAACUAACGAGUCCAUUCAGGGUAAACAGGUAGGCAGAGAGUUCCGAUUGUUGUCAUGGAGAUGAAGGCGAUGGAGGUGGAGGCAGGACUUCUGGACAGAGCUGGGCCGAGUGACCAAAAGCGGGAAACCAAAACUGAAGCGAAAGAAGCCUCAAAGGAGUACUGCAAGCUGAAAGCCCCAGCUGAUGACAUCUACUCCGAGGCUGUGUUCCCCAGCCCGAAGCUGCCAGAAGUGAAACCCACCAAGCCAACUAGGAGCCUGAGGAAUGUGUUGCCGACUUUGUGCAUUGUCCUCGGUGUGAUAUGUCUGGCCGAACUCAUCAUCAUCUUUAUUCUGAAUGGGAAGACAGCUCCUACCCCCGUCUGCCCAGAUCCACGGCCGCAGAGGUGCCCAUUUGCUUCCUGGUCUCUCAGGUCUCCCUGCUUCAAGAACACCAACACUCCGGCCACCAAAUUUUCAGAAACAGGCACAGAGAGUGGAACAACAGCAGGUCCCUCUUCAUCUCCUGAUGUAUCUGAGGAUGUGAGACAAGCCCCUGACAGCAAGCGAUGCUCUGACAGCUGGGUGUUCCUUGGGGGCUCCUGCUUCUACCAGUCCAAAGUGAGAAAAAGCUGGGAGGAAGGCAGGAUCUUCUGCCAGAAUCUAACAGCGGACCUGGCUGUGAUCUCUGACAAGAGCAUCCAGAAUUCUCUGGCGCAACAAAUCAAUGUACCGCGCUGGAUUGGCCUACAAUACAAAACGAGUUGGAAAUGGGUGGACCAGACCUCAUACAAUGGUGAUUUGCCUACAGGACCUAAGGAGUGUGCUUUGCUGGAGAGCAAGCCACCUGGAGAACAAGCCAACAUUCGAGGUGCCAGAUGUCCAGUUUCUGCCCAUUUCAUUUGUCAGAAGGAGGCGUCACCUGCUAGUGCCUAGGGCUUCUGAUGCUCUUCUAGCUAUAGGCCUGUGUCUCAUCCUCAUUUAUAUGAAGUAUGAUUAACAAGUAUAAUGAAACUCAUUGAUGCGGCAAACUCUAUCCUUUUAUCUCAAAGCCCAGCACUGUAUGACCAACUGACUAGGCUUCAUGCAGUGAAUAUUAGCCUACUGUGUUUGGGUGAAUAUCCUCAAUUUAUGUUUCUAUGCAGAUAAUCUAAAUGAGGAGUUUGAUUUCCUACCAUACUCUUUCGCUCAAGGGCAUUUCAAAGCAUAAAGCUUCUUUAAAACCGUGCUUAUUUUUUUAUUAGAAUAAACUUAAUCCACUCCAAAGGAUUAAUGUGAUAUGAUGCUCCAUUAUUCUGAUUUUACACCUUAAGCGUCUGCUGAAUUUAGUAUUAUUCAACUAUUAAUUGUAUUCAACUAGUAGUCAACUUUUUGGCAUAUUUGCUUUCGAUGUAUCCUGUGCCUAUUUUCGAAAUAAAGACAUCUUUUCAUUUAA